AUUCCAACAUACGAUGAUAACAAAAUCUCCCUGUUCUGAUUUCGAUCCUUGUAUCACCGAUGUCGGCCGCCUUCUAUCCAGCCCUAGCGCACGCCCUCCGUCGCACCACCCUGCCCAAUGCCGUUCACUGCGCCCAGCGUCUCGGCCGUACCAUUUCCAACUCCUUCAUCCAGAGGUCUGACGGAGUGCACGUGGACAAGCUCAUCGUCGGGGAGGCAUUCGAGCCCUACCCUUCUGGUCCUGUAGACGGAUUGGUAUUCGAGGACCAGACGGAGGAGUAUGCUGCUUUUGCGCCGCCCUCGAUGCCCGAAGUGGAAGAUAGCACUACGGCAAUGAACAUGGUUCUUCAGAUGCAUCUGCGCGAGAAGCAGAUCAACCGCGCCAUUACGUUAAUAGACGAGCUCGAGGCUGUUGGAGUGCCUAUUCGGGAAUCGGACGACUUCCAACUGGUGGAAGACGACGAGUUUCGACCUCAGGACGCACGGACCUUCCUCCAGGUAUGGCAGUACGUAAAGGACCUGAAGGAAGGCAGGAUCAAGAUGGAGGAAUUUGGGAGUCAGGCAAGGAGGUUCGUCCGGCUGCUUGGGCCCUUCUUUCGAGAGGGAAGGGAGCUCCUGCCUAUGGCCAACUUUGCACUUCUCGCUGCUGGCAAGGGGUAUGCAGCAAUCAUCGGACCCAAAGUUGUUCCCCACCUUGUGCGAUAUGGCUCGCCAGACUUUGCGGAGACGUUCGUUGAGCACCUGCUCCGGAGGGCGGGAGAGCAUCCAGGUACGAUGAAGGUGCACGAGGAACUUGGCAACGAGCUGUAUAAUAUCCUCAUUCGAGGACAAAGCAUGAAUUUACGAGCACAGUACGCGGCUCAGCUCUUGCUCAGGGCACGGGAAGAACUGGGUGUCAAGAUUGCUGGAGGAACGUAUUCGAUCCUCCUUAUCGAGCUCACCAAGGGACGUCAGGAGGCCCUCUUGAGCCGGAUCAAGCCACUGGCACUUGAAGACCACCCCGACUACACUUGGUCCGUGGAUUCGAAUCUGAAAUCGCUGAAUCCCGAAUCUCUCCAGAGAGAAACAAAGCUCUUCGAGCUGCUUCCCACUGCUACGGACAGCGAAGUCGCCGACGCGCUUUGCGAGCUCCUAUCGACCCCUCCGAAAGCCCGUAUUUCCAGCAUUGCCGAUUUCAUCGCUGAGUGUGUGACGCAAAAACGGACAAGGGUCAUGGACAUCGUCGACUAUCGGUCCAACAAGCCUCACCAAAUCAGCGGUCGGUCAAGAGCCUGGACAGGCCAGUGGAGCACCGCCGUGAUGCUCUAUUUUUAUCGCCGAGAGCAGUACGUCGAUGUGAUCAGGAACUUUGUGCAUCGGUUUCAAGUCUAUGGCCUGCCGAUCGACGACGCCUUCCUGCAGAAUAUGGCAGUCCCUGGAGCGUUAAAGCUCUGGCCGAGCCCUUAUGCCAUCGCCCUUGUGAUACAGGCAAUACUCCUUAGACUGCCUAUUCGAGAGCCUGAUGGCAGUGAACAGCAUGCAGAUUUGUAUCACAAGUAUAUCAGUUGGGUCAAGGACGGCCUUGUCAAGAAUCAUUCCCGGAAUACUGCAACCCUGCUGGCCAACGAGGAGACAGUAACGGGCGACGCGCCUCUCGAAGAGAUGGCCUAUUCCUUUUCUCCUUCCGCGGCGCACGCACUUCCAACAUACGAACUCUUCCGCAGGUUCAUCGUGGAGGCCUUCAACAGCAAUAAAUCUUACGGACACACGUUCAUGUUAACCGCAUUGGAGGAUAUGCAAGAGCUUGGUGUCUUCCCGAACAGCAUUAUCUGGACAGAAAUAUGCCUGAUGCUCAUCGAGUUCGGGAAUCCGCGGUUGAUGUCCUACUUCCUCGAUCUCAUGGAGGGCAGGCAAGCCUCGAUCGACCAACGGGAUUGGCCGUCCGACUACCGAAUACUUCAGCAUUUCCGGGAUGACUUGCCCCGCCCAAACGUCAUGAUGUAUGGAAGGCUCGUGCACCACCUGAUGAAGAAGACGAUCCGUGCGACUUCGCGAGGAGAAGUGUGGCUAUCUAUGGCAAUCGAUCUUCGGGAGCGGAUGCUCUCGCUUGGCUGGGAUCCUAGGACCGCUCCAAAUGGACUGCAUCGCACAGCAGCAAUGUUCCGAGAUCUCGAUCAACUGAUCAAGAACUACGACGAGGCAAACAUGCCUCUUCACUCCAACCUUCACAAUUCAUAUAGAGGCAUCGGUAAGGACGCUGUAGCGUACCAACAGAAUCCGAACUUUACUCCGAGGUCGUCACCGCUCAACAAGAAAGAGCCGAAUAUCGAACUAUCGAAACCGGGUCAACGACCGCCACCGAAAGCUACAGGACGUUGGGCGCCAAAGGUAGCACGAAUACCGUCUAACGGACCUUCAACCCUCGAAGCAGCUUUCACCCCAUGAAACUGUUCUUAUUCAUUCCAGCUGAGGCAUUUCUUGUCACUUUUUCGAGCAACCCUCAGAGAUAAACGAAGAAUUAAAGGAUAGUUCUUCGCCAUCGACGGCAGAGUGACACACGAUCCCUGUAUUGCACUGUAAACUACCAUGCAUUGUACUUCAUCUC